CAUUUUCUUCCUCUCCCCUCAUCUCCUUUUUCUUUGAGUUGCAGAACAUUGACUUUAGAGUUUGGACCAUCGGUCCUAAAUUUUGCAAAUGGCUGAUCGAGACCUAGCAAAAAAUAAUGUGAAAAUUCAAGGUGAAAAACUAGAAAUCUGCUACCCCUGCUUGGAAUUUUGCAGUUCGUAUUGAUUCUUUCCUCCAAGCAAUGGGUGCAAAGCCGUUGCAUAACAUUUGGAUUCGACGCCAGCAAUGCCCUUGUGGGGAUUGGAAAUGUUACAUUAAAUACGAAGGAGAUGAUAAGGGUGCGGUCCAAUCUCAAUUGUUAAAGAGGGAAACUACGCUCUCGUCAUUGCAAGAAGUAGUUUUUACUCCUUAUGUUGGUCAGAUUUUUAAAAGUGAUGAUGAAGCUUUUGAAUACUAUAACAACUUUGCAAGGAAGAGUGGCUUUUCGAUUAGGAAAGCUCGUUCAACAGAAAGUCAAAAUUUAGGAAUUUAUAGAAGGGAUUUUGUUUGUUACCGGUCCGGGUUUAAUCAGCCAAGAAAGAAGGCCAAUGUGGAGCACCCCCGAGAUAGAAAAUCAGUACGAUGUGGAUGUGAUGCAAAAAUGUACUUGACAAAGGAGAUUGUCGACGAUUUUACACAGUGGUAUGUUUCACAGUUUAGUAAUGUUCAUAACCAUGAAUUAUUGGAAGAUGAUCAAGUUCGCCUACUUCCUGCCUACAGAAAAAUUGAAGAGGCCGAUCAAGAACGUAUUCUUUUACUCUCUAAGGCUGGGUUCCCCGUGAAUCGGAUUGUGAAAGUGCUGGAAUUGGAAAAGGGGGUUCAACCUGGGCAGUUACCUUUCAUUGAAAAGGAUGUUAGAAAUUUUGUUCGGACAUGUAAGAAAUCUGUUCAAGAGAAUGACGUGAUCCUUACCGAGAAGCGGGAGAAUGAACUUAUGGAACUUCUCGAGACAUGCAAGGUGACAGCACAGAGGGAUGAGGGAUUUGUUUUCAAUUAUUCUACAGAUGAAAGUGGGAAAGUUGAAAACAUUGCUUGGACUUACGGUGGCUCCAUCCGAGCAUUUUCUGUCUUUGGCGAUGUAGUUACUUUUGACACGACAUAUUGCUCUAUCACUUAUAACAUGAUCCUUGGUGUGUGGCUUGGUAUUGACAGUCAUGGAAAACCAGUUUUUCUUGGAUGCACUUUACUUCAAGAUGAGACAUCCCGAUCCUUUUCUUGGGCCUUGCAGGUUUUUGUUAGAUUUAUGAGAGGAAGAUGGCCACAGAUAAUUGUGACUGACAUCGAUUCAGGUCUCAGAGAUGCUAUAUCAAUUGAGAUGCCAAAUACCAAACACAUUAUCUCUAUUUGGAAAGUCCUCUCAAAAAUGUCCAGCUGGUUCUCUUUGCCACUUGGCGUGCAGUACUCAGACUUUAAAUCUGAGUUUGACAUGCUGUGUCAUCAAGAAAAUGUGGAGGAUUUUGAGCAACGGUGGAAUCAUAUGGUUGCUCGCUUUGGAAUUGGUUCAGAUAAACACAUUGAUCUGCUUUUCUCUUAUCGAGCAUGUUGGCCAUUUUGCUAUGUUCGUAAUUUCUUCCUAGCACGAACUAUGACUCCUGAGUAUUCAAAAUUGGUGGAGACAUUUUUGAAAAAUAUUCUGACUGCAGAACCAUCAUUGCAGUUAUUUUUUAAACAGGUUGGGAUUGCCGCAAAUUUUGAGAGUCAGAACCGGGAAGAGUGUUUGUAUAUGCCGAUCAAGACAUGUCUCCCUCUGGAAGAACACGCUCGGACUGUUCUGACGCCUUACGCCUUUAGUGCUUUGCAGCACGAAAUUGUGUUGUCUAUGCACUAUGCAAUAACAGAAAUGUCUAAUGGUUCAUAUCUUGUGAAGCACUAUAAGAAAAUGGAAGGAGAGUGUCUUGUAAUCUGGAUACCUGAGGAUGAGCUAGUACACUGUUCUUGUAAAGAAUUUGAACAUUCUGGCAUAUUAUGCAGACAUUCCCUUCGAGUGCUUGUAGUAAAGAACUACUUUCAAGUCCCAGAAAAAUAUUUUCCACUCAGAUGGCGACUGGAGGGUUCCUUAGUUCCAUUGGAUGAUCAAAUCAUUCAAAACAGCAACAAUGACUGUUCUCAAGCCCUUCAUUCACUUACUGCAACUUUAUUUUCAGAAUCAUUCAUCUCCAAAGAACGUUUUAGUUUUGUUCAUAGAGAACUCACACAACUUCUUGAGCAUGUUCAGAAUAUGCCUGUUAGUGCUGAAGUUGAUUUAAGCAUAGCACCUAACAAUAGCAAUAGAUCAUAGUUUGUGAUUUACAGCCUAGUGAUUAAUGUAACUGCACAUUGGCUGCUAAGUUAUUUUAUGAAGGGGCAUUUGGAAUCAGAAUUUGGUACUGAAAGCUCAAGAGGAAUUGUUGCCGUCUUGAAUUUUUAUCGAAGAAUUUCGUAUUUAGGAUACUGAAAACCAGAUAAAGGCUUGCUAAACUUCUGGGUGAAUGUAUAGAAUUGUAAAUCUUCUUCUUCUUCUUCUUCUUCUUUUUUUUUUUUUUUGAGACGGCUGCUAAACCCCAUACAGAAAUGUGGCAAUGAUGUUACUUUUUGGGUAUCAUGUUACAGGCCAUAUUGAGACAUGUUUUCAUAAAGAAUAAAUGGAACACUGUCAAUUUGUUGUUCUUCGCUUA